UAUACACAUUUAUAUAGUAUUAUAAAUCAGAAGUGUCAAUUGACUCCAUUGUUCCAACUCGCAGUUGCCAUAUAAAUUGAUCUGUUUUCUUUCCUUCUCUACCCUUAUUCUCAAUUCUCUCGCCCAUUUGAACUUACCCAUCUACAUUUCUCUCGCUCCCAUUUGAAAUUACACAUCUAAUAUUACAAACAUGGCUCCAUCUAGCAAGUUCUUCAGCAUUAUUGCCGGUGUGGGCGCAGGUACCGGUAUGUCAUCACAACUAGAUGUUGGCUCAAAAACAAUGAAAACUAACACCCAUUCCCCUCCCCAGGCCACUCCGUCGCCCUGAAAUUCGCGCAGGCCUACCCAGUGGUCCUCCUAGCCCGCGACCCCGCCAACUACGAACCCACCAUAAAAGCCAUCACCUCAUCCGGCGGCCAAGCCAUAGGAAUCAGCACCGACGUAUCCGAUCCCACCUCCAUAUCCAACGCGUUCGAGCAAAUAAAGAAAGAGUACGGUUCUUUGAAAUUGGCUGCUGUUGUCUUCAAUGUAGGAGGCAAGUUUGUGAGGAAGCCGUUUUUGGAGCUGAGUUUGGAGGAUUAUGAGGCGGGAUACCAGGCUAACGGGUAUGUUGUUACUUUAAUUUCUUAUGUGGAUGAGUGGUAUUAGUAUGCUGGAACACGUUGGACCAAAUCAAUCGCAGACUGGAGGAUACCUCCUGCUCGGUUUUAUAAGUUCUAGCAUUUGAUUGUCAAAUACGAAUUGGGACACCAUAAAGUGUAUGGGGUCUAGGAAUAUCCAUUUGAUGCUCGAUAUAUUUUGUCAUUGCGUCGCUGGCAAGAAAUAAAGAACACAAGCUGACCAUUUGAAAAUCGACAAACAGGAAGGGAUUCUACCUUUUUGCGCAAAAAACUCUACCACUCCUCCUUGAUUCCGUCGCUGAUUCCCCACACCCACCAUCCUUAAUCGUUACGGGAGCAACAGCAUCAUUAAGAGGCGGUGCCCAAUUGGCCUCAUUCGCCAGUGGGAAGUUCGCCCUGAGAGCCACCACACAAAGUUUAGCUAGGGAAUUCAGUCCCAAGGGUGUGCAUGUUGCGCAUGCAGUCAUUGAUGGUGUGAUCGAUAUUCCCAGAACUAAGGGAUGGGAGGUUAAUGGGGGAGUCGAGGAUAGCAAGAUCAAACCUGAAGCUGUAAGUAACUCGACCCGUAAUUUCACCAUCAAACAUGACUAACGCCAUGAUUUAUAGAUUGCGGAUGCAUAUUGGUAUUUGCACACACAGGAUAGAUCUUUAUUUACUCAGGAACUGGAUGUGAGACCAUUUGUUGAGAAGUUUUAAUUUUGUAUGGCGGAUAUUCUCUAAUAAGCCAUCGAAUCCGUGGGACAAAUUUCGAGGAUUGAAUUCCGUUUUGGACAAGA